AAGAUACUUAUUGUCAUCACUAAUUUCCUCACUCUGCAACAGAUGCGGGUUGUCUCAUUUCUUAUCCUCGUGAACUCCACUGCCACCACUUUCACCAUCGCAUCAGUCGUCAUCGCUGUGAAUCCCUUGCUUGUCCUUGAAAAUGGCCAUGUCAUCUUGCUCCCCUUGGUGGCAGGCGAUUGGCAGUGUAGUGGUUUCAAUGUGUUUACUCCAACCCAACAUUGGGCGCCGCGAUGCCGACGCCAAUGAUUCUUAGAAUACAAUUCUCUCGCCGCACCAAUGCAGUAUAAGUUCGCGUCUGCUACCUGAGGUUGUCGCCGCUUUCUAAGCUGGACUCACGUCGUCGGAACCCAGGCUUCUGGAUUAUACGGUAGGUCAAGUUAGUGUUCGGGAGUUUCAGGAGCUUUGGAACUUUAGUGGUGGUAAUACAUGUCAUGAGGUGGUGAGUCUGAGUUGCUUGCGACUCUGAUUGAUAUGAAGUCGGUGGUGAGCCUACUCCUCGAAACCGGCGGUAGAGCUUUUGUGUUGGACACAUACUUGCAGCGCAUAAUUAAGGGCUCAGGAAUCUUGUAAAGUGACGGUUCGGUGGCUGGUGAAUAUUAGUACAUGACCGCUGGGUGGACGUUAUCUUACUCAUGUGUCUGGCAAUCUCUCAAAGCAACUCAUUGCAACGAUUGAUUCGGACCUUCGGGUGUGUUCAAGUGUAAUUUUCAUGAAUCGGCGGCUCGACCGUCACGCGGGGUCUUGUUGAUCAUUUCCCAGCUAGAUAGGGUUAUCCUCAACUGGCUCACCAUACCGCUGAUGAUCUCCUGGAAAGCACUGAAAUUGUAAUCUCCGAAGUGUGAUUCUUUUUCUCAGCUUCAAUCCAUUACUUCCGACAAGAUGUAUAACACGCAGAUAUGUGUAGCCGGAUCUUGUUCUCACUUCGAUUUAUGCCAGAGUAGAGAAACUGCGGAAUCCAACGUCCAAGACUCAGCCCACGCCCAAACCUCCAUUUGGAAGCUAGUGCCCACGAACACCGGGCCAUCCGUGCAGCGCUAACGCUGUUCGUCUAAAAAACCUAAUACAUCUGAUUACUUUAGUUGGCGCACUCUGAUCGUGGUGAGCGAGCUUGCAAAGAUGGAGAAACUGGCUAACAAGUUUCUGGUGACUAUGGGGAUUAAGAAGCAGCUCCAGAGGAAAUACUCCUCCACCAGCAGCAACAUUCUAAGCCACGCUUAUAGCAGUGGCAUACUGCCUGCGCUUGGCAGCAGAGCUAGCAUCAGCAGCCGUAACAUUGUCCUCAACAAAUAUGUUAUCCACCCGCACAAUCACCGAUACAGAUUGUGGUGUAACUGGUUGAUUUUGCUGGUGUUCUACUCGGCGUGGGUAUCACCUUUCGAGUUCGGAUUCAUCGAGGAUCCCCGUGGAGCUCUUUUUACCGCGGACAUGAUUGUGAACGGAUUCUUUGCAAUUGAUAUCAUUUUGACCUUCUUCGUUGCCUACCUUGACUCAGAAACGUACUUGAUGGUCGACAGUUUUAGGAAAAUUGCUAAAAGAUACUUGACAAGCACAUGGUUCACUCUGGACGUAGCGUCGACUGUGCCGUUCGGGUUGCUUGCUCUGGUAUUCACAGGGAAAUAUGGAACAGGAUUCACGUACAGUCUCAUCAAUAUGCUCAGACUUUGGCGAUUGCGCCGAGUUAGUGCCAUGUUUGCAAGGUUUGAGAAGGAUGUGCGCUUCAGCUAUUUCUGGAUCCGCUGCAUCAAACUAUUUCUGGUGACGGUGUUUGUGUGUCAUUGCGCUGCUUGUUUCUACUAUCUGCUAGCAGCGCGGCACCCGUCACACAAAGAGGCGGAGACAUGGCUGGGGGCGACCUUGCCCAACUUCCCAGAGGAGUCGCUUUGGACGCGCUACGUGACCAGCAUCUACUGGUCGAUUACGACGCUCACAACUGUAGGGUAUGGCGAUCUGCACCCAGUUAACCAAGGGGAGAUGAUUUACGACAUCUUUUUCAUGUUGAUGAACUUAGCCCUAACCGCUUACAUCAUUGGAAACAUGACCAACUUAAUCACACAACUCACAGCACGCACCCGAGCCUUUCGUGAUUCUGUGCAAGCAGUGACAGACUUCGCCACCAGGAACCAGUUGCCUUUCAAGCUACACGAGCAGAUGCUUGCCCACAUGCAGCUCAAAUUCAAGACAGACAGCUUCCAGCAGCAAGGUACAAUGGCGGUGCUUCCCAAAGCCAUUCGUUCUUCCAUCGCUCAAUACUUGUUUCUCGAAACGGUGGAGAAAGUGUACCUCUUUCACGGCACUUCUUACAACUUUCUUACUCAGCUGGUUACUGAAAUGAAGGCCGAGUACUUCCCUCCGCGCGAGGAGAUCAUCCUCUUCAACGAGGCGCCCUCGGAGUUCUACAUUGUCGUUAAUGGCUCAGUCGACGUUAUAACGAUGAAGGAUGCUUCAGAGCAGAUUUUGUUCACUGCCGUCACGGGGGAUGUAAUAGGUGAGAUUGGCGUGCUGUGCUAUAUGCCUCAGCCCUUCACUGUGAGGAGUCGAAAAUUAUCGCAGCUCCUGCGGCUAGACCGCUCCGUGUUCAUGAAUGUGGUGCAGUCAUUCCAGGAGGACGGGCAAAGAAUUGUGGACAAUCUGCUCCAGCGUUUGAGGGAGUCGGACGAUCCACGAUUUGAGGAACUUUCGUCCGAUAUAGAGGCGCUCCUAGCGGAUGGAGGCGAAAUGUCGAUAAGUUUAUGCUCUGUGGCUGCAGGAGGAAAUGUAGUGGUUAUGGAACAAUUGUUGAAGGGUGGCGCGGACCCUAACAAAGCCGAUUACAGUGGUCGCACACCCUUGCUCAUAGCAUCCACAAAGGGCCACCUCGAGUGUGUGAAGCUGCUCUUGGAGCACAAGGCCGAUGCUAACCAAGCAGAUGUGGACGGGAAAGUACCGUUAGUAGAAGCGCUGAUUGCCCGGGAUCCGACAACGGUUAAGCUUUUAUGGGAGCAUGGAGCCACUUUGGAAAACGCCGACAAGGGGCAGCUCUUGGGCCAGGCCGUGCAAGACUGUAAUGUGGAUCUCAUCGAGGACUACCUUAAAUAUGGCGCCAGUAUUGACGAGGCGGACGACGAGGGCCUCACCGCUCUUCAUGUAGCUGUACUGCAUGGCCAAUUGGAUAUGAUGAAGUUUCUCCUUUCCAAGGGUGCCGACCCUAAUAAGGAGAGCAACGGCCUCCCGUCGCCACUUCAACUAGCGGAACAGAACGUUGAUGAUCCCAUAUUGACCAAGCAAAUGAUUUUAUGUAUGAAAGUCGAGAAUGCAGGAGAGCGUGUUGGAACAUUGACUGAAGGAAGCAAGGAUACUAUUCACCCUGCUACGCCUCCGAAGACAUCGCCUCAUGGGAGUGGCAGCAAUAUCUUAGCUAAUGAUGCGAUUGCAUUCCCACGUCUGAAAAAAACCCACAGUGUCGAGUUUCAGCUGUUUCCUCGGCCUGAUACUUCACCAGUUCGGCCCAAACGAUCUGCUCUUAGUCGAAACUCACAGAAACACCCAGCGAUCAAUACUUUGAUGCAGAAGCAGUCCGCUCGAGGGCGUCGUGCGGGCUCUUUGGGACACAAAGCCUUGCAACAGUUGCAUAUCAAUCCUUGGGGUCGACGACAGAGAACUAUUGGAGAUAUUGAUACGUCAAACGCGCCUCAGUCCAAUUUAACUCUGGACGCACCUUCUUUUAAGCGUGUAACGAUUCAUCCUUACAAUCCGCAUAGCAAAGGAGGCUUCUCUUCAGGAGUCGGGAAGCUCAUUACCUUGCCGAAUUCCAUUGCCGAACUUCUGGAGAUUGCAAACGCUAAAUUCCAGAACCAGCCAACCAAAGUAGUCAACAAGGACGCGGCGGAGGUGGACGACAUCGCGGUCGUCCGAGACAAUGAACACUUGUAUGUGAUCUCCGAGGAUCAAGCGCGAACUGAAAAACAAGAGUUUGAUACGAGCGAGCUUGUUGCGAGCUUGCAAUCGAUCAUUCAAGCCUUGUCCGCUUCGAAGGCGCCUUAGCAUCACACAUUAGUCAUGUUUUGGAUGUAAUGCAAAUCUUUUUCGAGCCCUGCAAGACUUUACGAAGUUGAAAAGGACAGGAGACGUUGAAUAAUGUCCGUAAUCUGUGAGGUUUCUAGAGGGCUGCUCACCCUGAAUGCAGAAACCAACCUAGUUUGGGAAGCAAAUUCUAAACAAAUGGUUCACACUGCACUUUUCACAUUCCAAGGGCCAGUGUGGUUGGAUAGACAUGUCGUAAGAAAGGAUAAUAAAAUGGUUAUCAACUCUAGUCUUCAAAGCAGGUUUGCAUUGACUCGUCAAAGUUUUAUGAUCACUGCAGCCACAAACAACGUCUACAAGUAGCUCAAUAGAAUCUUUACAGUUUGAAUGAUUGUCUCCAACACGAGCGUGCUACACAAUCGUGUCAGCCCACCGGUCAGCUUUUGCCGUAGCACUACUUGUCACAGCGAAGAACUGUGUUCGGGCACAGCUUUGAGCAAUUAACGCUCAGCCCAAUGGUUAGACUCUGAUUGUAUUCGGCAGUCAA